AUGACACAGCUGAACUGGAGCAUCACCAAAGUAUCAGCUAAGGAACUCUCACUAGCUAAAAAUAUUAAUAACGUUUGGUCAUGUUCUAUAGGGAAAAACGUACUGUUUUUGAAGCAAACAGGUGAUGAUUUACACUAUGCUAGCUAUCCAGAAUCUACCAAAACAUUUGAACUCAUUAAAGACUAUUUCAAUCUAGAUAUUAAAGUUCUAGAUCUAUAUGAUAAAUGGUCAAUAAGUGAUAAGAAUUUUAAUAAAAAUGCUAUUGGUUUCGAAGGUGUUAGAAUGCUAAGACAAGAUCCAUGGGAAAACCUGAUUUCAUUUAUUUGCUCUUCAAACAAUAAUAUCAAAAGAAUCAGUCAAAUGUGUGAUAAUUUAUGUUUACAUUUUGGUGAUUUUAUAAUUAAUCAUGAAGGUAUAGAUUAUUAUUCAUUCCCAUCUCCAUCAAUUUUAUCACAAGAGGGUACAGAAGAGAAAUUAAGAAAUUUAAGUUUUGGCUAUAGAGCUAAAUAUAUUUAUAAAACCGCUUUAAUGGUUCAUGAAUCUAAACAAGAUUUAUUCAAAUUACGUUCAUUACCAUAUGAAGAAGCUCAUUCAGAAUUAAUAAAAUUCACAGGUGUGGGUCCAAAAGUUGCAGAUUGUGUUUGUUUAAUGUCUUUAGAUAAACAUGAUGCCAUUCCAGUUGAUACUCAUGUUUAUCAAAUUGCUAAAAGAGAUUAUAAAUUAAAAUCAAAAGGUGAUACUGUAACAAAGCAGACUUAUGAAAUUGUAAGGAAAUUUUUCAUUAAUAUUUGGGGUCCUUAUGCUGGAUGGGCUCAAUCUGUGUUAUUUGCAGCUGAUUUGAAAGAUUUAAAUAAUGGGUUAAAUCAAAUUAGUGAAACAAAUGGUUCAUCAAUAGUUAAAAUUGAAGAAAAAAUUAUCAAGAAGGAAACCCCAAUUAAAGAUGAAGAAGAAAUUACAAAUAUUAAACCUGAAUUAGAAAUUGAAUAUUCAAUUACAGGUAGACCUAAAAGAAGAAAAACUAUUAAAGUUGAAAAUUGA